UCAUUAUGUUGAGAUACUAGGUCAUUAUGUUGAGAUACUAGUCAUUAUGCUGAGAUAGUAAGUCAUUAUGCUGAGAUAGUAAGUCAUUAUGCUGAGAUACUAGUCAUUAUGUUGAGAUAGUAAGUCAUUAUGUUGAGAUACUAAGUCAUUAUUUUCAGAUAGUAAGGAUACUUAGUCUCCUAAAACUACUUUCUCCAGACAGUAAUGUGUGUUUUUUGUUUUUUUAAAGCUCUGAUGGAUUCACUUCAACGCUCACUCAAAGACUUUGGACAAUAAGACUCCCAGCCUCCGUAUACCACUUAUUAUUUUGUUAGUAGUAGCUGAAGUUGUGACCCUUGAGGCCCGGCACGAUGUCCAGCUCCCCGGGCACAGGUGGCUCCAACCCGAGGAAGUUCAGCGAGAAGAUCGCGCUGCACAACCAGAAGCAAGCGGAGGAGACGCGGGCCUUUGACCAGCUGAUGACAGACCUCACCGUCUCAAGGGUGCAGUUUCAGAAGGUCCAGCAGCUUCGUCUGACUCAAUCACGGGCGCAGUACUACGGCUCUCUGCCCAACGUCAAUCAGAUCGGCAACACCAGCACCGAAUUCCAGAGUGGCUUUCCAUCGGGAUUGGACUCGUCCAGAGGGACCCGCCACCACGGGCUGGUCGAGAGGGUCCACAGGGACCGCAACCGCAUCAACUCUCCCCACCGCCGACCCGUCGACAAGCACGGACGGCAGAUAGAGAGCUCUCCGUACGGAGCGGUGUACCUGUCCCCGCCUCUGGACAACAACUGGAGAAGGGAACAGCAGUCAUGGACCGAGGAAAAACGGCCUGGGUUGAGAUUAUUAUCGCAACUCAACAGAACCAACUCAGACUCUGCUCUCCAUACGAGCGUCAUGAACCCAAACCCCCAAGACCCCUUUGGCAUGAACCAGCAGAUGGGUCGAGGUCCUCUCCAGCGCAAUGGCUGGAAUGCAGCCAGUGUAAACGAGUCGGAGGUGGACGGCUCCGCAGAUGUCUUCUCCUUCCCCGCCCUGACCAACGAGGACAAUCUGUUAGGGGUCGGUAAGCCGCUGCCCAAGCAGCUGUGGGAGGCCAAGAAGUCUCUGGCAUCGAGGCCUAAAUCUUGUGAAGUGCCUGGAAUCAAUAUAUUCCCGUCUCCGGAGCAGAACCCGGGUCUGUCCCACUACCAGGGCUUGUUAAAUACCAGCGGCUCCCUGCCAGACCUCAGCAACCUGCACUUCACCUCGCCACUCUCCACGCCGCUGGACCCGGAGGACAACGGAGGCUACUCCAACCUCAGCGGGGGCAGCAGCACCGGAAACCUGCCGGCCGCCAUGAUGCACCUCGGCAUCGGCAACUCACAGGGUCUGUCCUCGUCUCUGAGCAAUCCCUCAAUUCAGGGGUCCCUCAACAACUGCCAGCUGCAGUCGUCGCUCAGCAAUCCCUCCAUCAACUCGUCCCUGCGUCUGUCCAGCAACUCCCCCCGGCGGCGGCAGGCGGCCAUCAGCCCCCUCACGCUGUCUCCUGGCACCGAGCAGCGCAGAGGUCUGGCCAAGCAGCUGUCUCCCACCAUGUCCCCCUCGCUGUCCCCCAUCACACAGGGAGUCGCUUUGGAUACCAGCAACAUGCCAAGAGAGCCGCCGCCACCCUAUCCGCUCUACCAGCAAUCCCAGCAUGCAGUGGACCAGGGCCGGCAACACCAGCACCAACACCAGCACCAACACCAACACCAACACCAGCAGCAGCAGCAGCAGCAGCAGCAGCAGCAGCCUCUUUCCCCUCUUCAGAGCAUCCAACUGGACUUCAACACGAGCCAACACAACAACAUGGCGGCAUUCUUCAACGACCCCUUUAUGGAGCAACAGUUUUCCAAUCGCCAGACCAAGACCCACCCCUAUCAGUUGGACCAGUUCGCUCUGUUGGAAAACGCGAUGAGCUCCACAGCGGGGGGUUCCUGCUUCGACCCCUCCUCCUCUCUGCUCUACUACUCCCAGGCCGCCCUCUCGGGGCUGGGCAGCAGCCACGGCAGCCUGCAGGACCCGAUGCACAUGAGGUCCAACAUGAUGUACUCCAACUGCAGCGGAGGACUGCCCAACAUCAUACUCACUGAUGACUCCAACUCCAGUCUGUCCAAGGACAUCAGCAGCGCUCUCUCUACGGUGCCUGAAUGUUUUGACUCGGAGGGAUGCUUCCCGUUGGAGGACGAGCUGCGCAUCGAGCCCCUCAGCCUGGACGGUCUGAGCAUGCUCAGUGACCCCGACAUGGUGCUGCCGGACCCGUCUGUGGAGGAUACUUUCCGCAGCGACAGACUCUGAAUGUAAAGAGCAGCGGCGGAAAGAAGAACUCUAACACGGACCUGCAAUGUAUAGAGUGUACAAAUCAGAAUAUGCAUGCAAACGAUCUCUAUCGGGCCACUGUGCAUGCGUCCACCGCCACUAAGAUUAAUUUAAAUGUGAAAGACACCGUGUGCACAGUCAUGCACACACACACUUUUUAAGGAGACUUGUGAACAAACACUGUUUACACUAAAGUUGCCCCUCGUAAUGCUCCAGCUUGUUCCUCUCAGACAUUCUUAUAACGAGGCGGAUCGAUGCAGUUUGGGUUUUUAAAUCAGCUCUGAGAGUCUGCACCUCCUGCAGACCACAAGGACUCUCUGUCUCUGUCUCUCGCUCUCUCUGUCUCUGUCUCUCACUCUCUCUGUCUCUUGCUCUCUCUGUCUCUCUCUCUCUGUCUCUCUCGCUAUCUCUCUCAUCACCAGCUCACAGCCCCCUGAAGCCAUGGCAACCUCAUUGCCAUGGUUACACACCAUAGCAACCCCCAUUGCAAUGCUGAAGAGCAGUAGGAAUGCCAACACACACAUUAACUUUACUUACGGCACAUCUGGCAGCCCAGGAGCAGUGACAUGUCGGUAUAAAACAUAUGGCAGCGCAGG